AGGUCUGGGAGGAGCAGAGCUGGAGCAGUGUGGCCACCCCAGGUGGCACCAGGCUGCUGCAGGCACAAGGCCCUCCCACCCCUCCUGCCCCACGCUCCCCAUGGAUUUUGUUGCUGGAGCCAUCGGAGGUGUCUGCGGUGUUGCUGUGGGCUACCCCCUCGACACGGUGAAGGUCAGGAUCCAGACAGAGCCGAAGUACUCCGGCAUCUGGCACUGCGUUCGGGACACCUAUCGCAGAGAGCGGGUGCGGGGCUUCUACAGGGGCCUCUCUCUGCCCGUGUGCACCGUGUCCCUGGUCUCCUCCGUGUCCUUUGGCACCUACCGCCACUGCCUGGCGCACAUAUGCCGGUUCCGCUACGGCAGUGCCGACGCCAAGCCUGCCAAGACCGAUGUCACGCUCUCGGGAUGUGCCUCCGGCCUGGUCCGCGUGUUCCUGACAUCACCCACUGAGGUGGCGAAGGUUCGCCUGCAGACACAGGCACGGCGGCCCUCCGCCUCGGGGCCCUCGGCUGCACCCCCGGGGUGUCCUGCACCCCCCGUGUGCCCAGUGCCCGGGCCCAAGUACCGCGGGCCACUGCACUGCCUGGCCACAGUGGCCCGUGAAGAGGGGCUGCGGGGCCUCUACAAGGGCAGCUCGGCGCUGCUCCUGCGGGACGGCCACUCCUUCGCCACCUACUUCCUCUCCUACGCCAUCCUCUGCGAGUGGCUCACCCCCGCCAGCCACAGCCAGCCAGAUGUCCUGGGUGUGCUGCUGGCUGGAGGCUGUGCAGGGGUCCUGGCCUGGGCUGUGGCCACCCCCAUGGACGUGAUCAAGUCGCGCCUGCAGGCGGAUGGCCAGGGCCAGCGGCGCUACCGGGGCCUCCUGCACUGCGUGGUGACCAGCGUGCGCGAGGAGGGCCCACGGGUCCUGUUCAAGGGGCUGGCGCUGAACUGCUGCCGUGCCUUCCCCGUCAACAUGGUGGUCUUCGUUGCCUACGAGGCCGCACUGAGGCUGGGCCGGGGCCUGCUCACCUAGCGUCGCGGUGUCCCAGAGCCAACCUGCUGCAGGUGCCAGAGGUUGGAGCAGCUGGUGGGGAGUGUGGCUGGGGGCGGGGCCCCAGAACCCU